AUGGCGGCACAAGCAACAAGAAAAAGAACUGCUCAAGAUGAAGCCAUGGAAGCAGUUAUGAACCAAGGAACAGCAGAGGAGGAAGAAUCAUAUUAUACUGUUAUUGAUAAACUGGAGCAAGCCGGAUUCUCAGCCGGAGAUAUAAAAAAAUUAAAGGAAGCUGGCUUUAAUACUGUAGAGGCGGUGGCUUAUGCCACCAGGAAGGAUAUUUAUGCCGUCAAAGGAAUUAGUGAACAGAAAGCAGAGAAAUUAUUUAACGAAGCAAUAAAAUAUGUGCCAAUGGGUUUCACUACAGCAGCAGAAGUUCAUAUGCGAAGAAGUGAGCUGGUUCAAAUUCGUACAGGUUCGCAAGAGCUGGAUAGACUUUUAGGAGGAGGAAUCGAGACGGGUAGUAUUACGGAGCUUUUUGGAGAAUAUCGCACAGGUAAAUCUCAGCUGUGUCAUAACUUGGCUGUUAUUUGUCAGCUUCCUGUUGAAAUGGGGGGAGCAGAAGGGAAGUGCAUGUGGAUCGAUACAGAAAAUACAUUUCGUCCUGAACGUUUGUUAGCUGUUGCCCAGAGGUAUAAUAUGUCCGGUGAACAUGUUCUCGAAAACGUGGCAGUUGCACGUUGCUAUAACUCUGACCACCAGAUGAAUUUGCUCAAUGCUGCUGGAGCCAUGAUGUCGGAAAGUAGAUAUGCCCUCCUAAUUGUUGAUAGUAUUAUGUCUCUGUUACGAACCGACUUCUCCGGUAGAGGAGAACUGGCAGCUCGUCAAACAAUGCUAGCCAAGAUGCUCCGCCAUUUAAUGAAGUUAGCGGAUGAGUUCGGUGUAGCCGUUGUUGUGACAAAUCAGGUUGUAGCUCAAGUUGAUGGUGGUGGAGGUCCUUAUCAAGCUGACCCCAAAAAACCAAUCGGUGGUCACAUUAUGGCUCACAUGACAACAACAAGAUUGGGUUUACGGAAAGGAAAAGGAGAAACCCGUAUUUGCAAAGUUCACCAAUCACCGAAUUUGGCAGAAUCAGAAGCAACGUUUGCUAUCACUCCAUUAGGAAUAGAUGACGCUAAAGACCAGUAG